AUGCGACUGAGGAAAAGGUCCUCUCGCAGCAUUCCUGUAGAUUCAAACAGGCCCAGCAGCAGCAGCAGCAGCAGCAACAACAGCAAAAGCAACGGCAGAAACUGCAGAAGCAGCAUAGGGAGGCAGGCCGUGUCUUCUCCUGCUGCAGCAGAAGGCGCAGCAGCAAGGCAGCCGUAUGAGUCCCUAGUGGAGAUGCAGCAGCGGCUGAAUAGCGCCACGCUGCAGCAGCUGCUGCAGCAGCAGCUGCAGUGGCAGCGGCAGCAGCGGCAGCAGAAAUGGAGAGAGAAGCAAAACUCGAGAGACACACAGAAGGCUCAAGAGACACAGCAGCUGCAGGCUCUGAAGCACCGAUUUGCUGCUGCUGCUGCUGCUGCUGCUGCUGUGCCACACCAGUCGCCAACGACAGAUGCAGCAGCAGCAGCAGCAGCAGCUACCGCAGCAGCGAGAAUUCGAGCUAGCAAGAAAGGUGGCCGCAGCAUCACGGAAACGCAGCAGCAGCAGCAGCAGCAGCAGCAAGCACACAUCGCCUAUAAUCGCUGGGGGAUGCGGACUUCUCCGCCACGAUGGGGCAGCAGCACAAGCAGCAGCAGCAGAGAGAGCAGCAACAGCAGCAGCCUGGGUCGGAAGCACGCCAGCAGCAUAGACAUGGAUGGCUUUAAAGGCAGCAGCAGCAGCAGCAGCAGCAACAGCAGCAGCCUGCUGCAGCACUGGACCUUUCGCGAAAUGCGCUGCCAGAGCAGCAGCAGCAGCAGCAGCAGCAGCAGCAAGCCCAAGGCUUCAACAAGAGACUGUGGGGUCCAGGUGUCUCUACACCUUGAGAGCAGCACAGACAUCGCCAGCCCACCAAACGCAAGUUUGAGGGACAUCAGAUUAAGUGCUGCUUCUGUCUCUCCUGCUGCUGCUCCUGCAGCAGCUGCUGAGGCCAGCCCUGGCUGCAGCCUCCACUCCGAGGAUUUCCAGUUGCCUCCGUCUGCAGCAGCAGCAGGAGCAGCAGCAGGAGCAGCAGUAGAAUCUGCAGCAGAAUUUGCAGCAGAAACUGCAGCAGAAACUGCAGCAGAAACCGCGGCAGAAGCUGCAGCAGAAGCUGCAGCAGAAGCUGCGGAAGAAGCUGCAGCAGAAGCUUCAGCAGAAGCAUCAGCACAAACUGCAGCAGAAGCUUCAGCAGAAGCUGCAGCAGACGCUUCGGCAGAAGCUGCAGCAGAUUCUGCAGCAGAAGCUGCAGCAGAUUCAGCAGUAGCUGCAGCAGAAACUGCAGCAGGAGCUGCAGCAGCAGCUGCGGCAGAAGCUGCGGCAGAAGCUGCAGCAGCAGCUGCAGCAGCAGCUGCAACAGAAGUUGCAGCAGAAGCUGCAACAGAAGUUGCAGCAGCAGCUGCGGCAAAAGCUCUAGCAGAGGCUGCAGCAGAAACUGCAGCAGAUGCUGCAGCAGAAACUGCAGCAGAUGCUGCAGCAGAAACUGCAGCAGAAGCUGCAGCAGCAGAAGCGGAAGGACCACUGCUGCUGCUGUCAGGUCUACAACAUGAAGAAACAGGAGAAA